AUGCUUUUUGAUGAUGAUGAAGACUUAGAACACUCUCAGUGGAGAGCUCUGAAAGUAAUUACAGAGUUAGAAAUUAAAGAAGAAAAUGUCUUUGUGCUUCUUUUCUCUGCAGCAUGGGUAGGAGCCCUUGCGAUGGGCAUGAUUUUCUUCUGUUCUCCCAUUGUGAGUAUAUUCACUGACCGUUUGGGCUGCCGAAUCACAGCAACUGCGGGGGCUGCCGUUGCUUUCAUUGGCCUUCAUACCAGCUCCUUCACCAGCUCCCUAAGCCUGCGCUACUUCACCUACGGGAUUCUCUUUGGUUGUGGCUGUUCCUUCGCCUUUCAGCCAUCCCUUGUCAUCCUGGGCCACUACUUCCAACGCCGCCUAGGUCUGGCCAAUGGUGUGGUGUCCGCUGGGAGUAGCGUCUUCUCCAUGUCCUUCCCCUUCCUCAUCAAAAUACUGGGGGAUAAGAUCAAGCUGGCCCAAACCUUCCAGGUGCUGAGUACCUUCAUGUUUGUUCUCAUGCUGCUCUCACUUACCUACCGGCCCCUCCUGCCCAGCUCCCAGGACACCCCAAGCAAGAGAGGUGUCCACACCCUGCAACAGCGCCUCAUGGCUCAGCUCAGGAAGUACUUCAAUAUGCGAGUGUUCCGCCAACGCACCUACCGCAUCUGGGCCUUUGGGAUUGCUGCUGCUGCCCUUGGCUACUUCGUUCCCUAUGUACACCUGAUGAAGUAUGUGGAAGAGGAGUUCGUGGAAAUCAAGGAGACCUGGGUGCUCUUGGUGUGUAUUGGGGCUACCUCAGGCCUUGGGCGUCUUGUGUCAGGCCACAUCAGUGACUCCAUUCCUGGACUUAAAAAGAUCUACUUGCAGGUCCUCUCCUUCCUGCUUCUGGGCCUGAUGUCCAUGAUGAUUCCCCUGUGCCAGGACUUCGGGGGCCUCAUUGUUGUAUGCCUUUUCCUGGGCCUGUGCGACGGCUUCUUCAUCACCAUCAUGGCACCCAUUGCAUUUGAACUGGUGGGCCCAAUGCAGGCCUCACAGGCCAUUGGCUACCUCCUGGGCAUGAUGGCCCUGCCAAUGAUUGCUGGACCCCCCAUUGCAGGCCUCCUCCGCAACUGUUUUGGGGACUACCAUGUGGCCUUCUACUUUGCCGGUGUGCCGCCCAUCAUCGGGGCUAUAAUCCUCUUCUUUGUCCCUCUGAUGCAUCAAAGGAUGUUCAAGAAAGAGCAGAGGGAUUCCAGCAAGGAUAAGAUGCUGGCCCCAGACCUGGACCCCAAUGGGGAGCUGCUGCCAGGCUCCCCUACUCCUGAGGAACCAAUCUAAUGCCUCUUUCUUGCCAUUGUGUGCUCCUCCCCAGCCCUGCCCCUUCACCCCACCCUGCUCAGCAUUUACAUUUUUGCCACCAGCACACUUGUUCCCAAACCUGUGCACACAGCAUUUCAGCCACCUGACCAUCCCCUUGGAGCCAAAUCUCCAGGUGUUCCAAAUUCCUUAACCAAAUUCUCCCUGUGAAUGCCUUUAAACUUGCCAGGGCCCUUCUCCUCCCAGGAUCUGGGAAAGUUUGGGAUCACUCCCUGGCCUUUGGAAUCUCUCCAUAAACUUUCUAACCCCUGGGGAAGGAGAGGGAUGGAACCUCUUGGCCCCAGCUUGUUAGUCACCCACUAAAAUCAACUGCCAAAGGUGCUACUGUGUCCCCAGGAGCCUAGUGAGGUAGACCCAAACUUCUGUUUGCUAAGUUCAUUGCCAUCCAUCCUUGGGAGCCAUUGGGAGGGCAAAAUGAGACAAGUAGCCUUGUUUAGCCUAAGAGUUUCUGAGGGCCUCCCAAGAAGGCAAUAUCCCCAUCAUAUGGUUCGUUAACAAUCUAUUUCCCUCUUCUCUCCCUUCUUAAUUUACUCUACUGCCUCCUCUCCAUUCUCUUCCCUCUCUAUUUCUUUUUAUGACUGUCAUAGACACAUGGGUGCUUGAAGAAAGGAGAGACCCAGAGCCUGGGCCAAUCAGCCUCACUUUGGCCCAGUUCACCCCUAACACUAGCAUCAAUCCCACUCAUCUCAGGCUGAGCCACAUCUCACUUUUUGGCUCAAGCUGAUAUAGUCAUAGACUGGAAAAGUAGAAUGCCAUAAAUGGAAGGGACCUUAAACACCAUAGAGUUCCAUGUUCCACUUGAUGAUUUCCCAGGCUAAUGCAUUAACAUGGAGACCCUCCCAGCUCCCCAUCCUUGUAUUCACCUGUGAAAAUGUGAAGAAACUCCUUUCAUCUCAGAAGGCAGCGGAGGACUGAUGACAGAGCUGGCAUGGUGGGGGGAGGGGCAGCGGUUACGGACGUGGUGAAGGACCAACUCCUCCAUCUCAGUUUUCAUGACAGGUCAAUAUUUCCAUCUGGGCCAAGCCAGGAAAAGGACUGUUUAAGAAAAGCCCCGUUCUCUACCUGGAUCCUAAAAAGUACAGGUAGCAGCUGCACAUGGGGUUGGACAAUUUCUUUUAGGAAGAGGAAGCCAUCCUACCCUUACCACCCAAUGUGUCUCCCAUGCUGGGCAUCCUGAGCCACUCUGCUCAGUGGGCAUUAAAAGUGCCAGGAAAGGUAGACUCUGGACUGCCUUCAUUCCUCUGCAGUAGGUGCCAGAUGCUGCCUCUGCCCAGGCUCUGGGCAGCAGUCUUACUGAAAAGCAUUCCUAGUAUCCCCGGCCAGGGGCAGAGGGCACUGCCAGGCUGUGUCCAGCUAGCACAGCUCACCUCAUUAGGAGCUCAGCCUCCCUCCUCACUCUGCCUCUUUGUGUCUCUUUUUCUCCUCUCUGGGCCUUUGUCUAUUGUGUUCCUGACACCCACCCUUUCGUCAUCUCCUUGCCAUGCAUCCCUGGCUGUCACUUGGAGCCAAUAGUAACUUGCCACCCCGAGCCAGGGUCAUCCUGGGGCCAGAAGGAUGAGGUUGCCCUGAGGGGCUCCAAAGAAGACAAUGGUCCCCACCCAUGAGUUUUUCCGUUACAAACAGGCAGCUGGGGCAUGGCUGGCCUCUGAAGGUUUUAUUCAAGGCCAAAGUCCUGAGCCCCCUCCACUGGUUCCAGUCCAGCUCUUUUCAACACCCCAAAGGAAAACCCACUGGUUCUUGGCUCUGUGGGUGGGAAGGGGCCUAGUUACUAUCCUGUCAGCUCAAACAGCAGUGGAACAGGAGAAACUGAGCUCCAGGAGCCCUGUAACUCCCAGGACAGACCACUGAAAAUACUGGAGCAACAAUGCUCCUGCCUCCGGAGGAGAGUUCUGCAGGGCCUCUUUUGUUGCUGAUGGCAUGGAUAGCUCUUAAGAAUCAGGGUGCCACCCACUUCUCUCUAGAUGAAGAAAGGACAUUCACAGGUCCCAAAUCUGCCCAUUCAGGUGUCACAGAACAUGGCGCGGUGUCAGUUCACUUCUUCCACACAUGCAUGUGUGAGCUUGUGUGUUUUGGGAGAGAAUGUUGGUUGGCAAAAGCAGCACAGUAUUAAUAUUUAGAGUAGGAUGCAACCUCUUAUCCACCACAGUUAAGUACGAGAACGAACAAAAUUUCAGAGCUUGAGACCUGGGACAUUUAAAUACUCAAGGGGUUUGGAACAAAAUAAACAGAUCUAAAAAUUUG